ACAACAGAAACAAAAAAAAGAUACCAGACAUUCAGAGCACAACAGACUAUCAAUGAACUGAAAUGUAGCCACAGCUAGAGCUACCCAAAAUCUCGCCAUCUCCAGACUGAGUGUGUGCUGCGGGGAACCGGUGUGAACUUUCAGAAUGUCCUGCAAAACUUUUGGAGUCAUUAGGCGAGCUCUUCUGCAAAGUGGCAACAGUACACCACCUCUUGUCAGGUCCAGAAAACUUCCAAAUGUCUGCAACAAAUGUUCUUCCUGCGGCGUCAGUGUCCAAGAGAAAGUAGACGCCACGCCAUGCUGUUCAUCUCCUCCGGCGGCGUCCGUCACCGCCGUGCCGAGGCAUCAGGUGGGCGGCAAGAACAAGAAGCGCUCCGAGGAGAGACUGGCGGUCUCCGGCAGGUCCUACUCCUCAACCGCCCUCAAGGUGGACCAGAAGACCUACCUAUGGGCCAGAUACAGCGAAAUGAAACGACUGGUGCACGAUCUGAUCCCUCCUGGAGUGUGCUCGCUGCUCAACCCGUCCCAUGUCUACGCUAAUAAUGAGGUGAGCCUGGAGGAAGUGGACAUCUACGGCUUUGACUACGACUACACCUUAGCCCUCUACUCCAGCUCUCUCAACAACAUGAUCUACUCCACCGCCAGAGACCUGCUCAUACAGCGCUACAAGUAUCCUGAGGGCAUCAAGCAGUAUGACUACAUGCCCAACUUUGCCACACGAGGGCUUCACUACGACAUUCAGAAGGGUCUUCUGAUGAAGAUCGAUGCCUUCCACUAUAUUCAGCCAGGGACAGUGUAUCGUGGGCUGAGAGCGGUGCCCGAUGAGGAGGUGCUGCAGAUGUACCAGGGCACCUACCACCUCCCCCUCAACCAUCUCAGCGGGUUCUACGGCAAGGGCCCCAAAGUGAAGCAGUUCAUGGACGUCUUCUCCCUGCCAGAGAUGACCCUCCUGGCCGUAGCUAACGAAUACUUCCUCUCCAAUGGCAUCCAGUACGACCCUGUUCACCUCUACCGAGACGUGUCGGACGCCAUUGGGAUGGUCCACAUCAAAGGCUACAUGUAUAAGUGGAUCAUGGAGGACUUGGAGAGGUACAUUAUGAGGGGAGAGGAGACGUCUGCUGUUCUCCAUCGGUUGGUCAGCCACGGCAAGAAGCUCUUCCUCAUCACCAACAGCCCAUUCAGCUUCGUUGACAAGGGAAUGAAGUACAUGGUUGGCAAAAAUUGGCGAGAAUUCUUUGAUGUCAUUAUCGUUCAAGCAGACAAGCCCCAUUUCUUCAACGACUGUGCCAAGCCAUUCAGGCGUCUAGACGGCAAUGGGGAUCUUCAGUGGGACAAGAUCAACAGCCUGGACAAAGGACAAGUGUACAAACAGGGGAACCUGUUUGACUUCCUGCGGCUGACUGGCUGGAGGGGCUCUAAGGUGCUGUACUUUGGAGACCACCUUUACAGCGACCUGGCGGACGUGAUGCUGCGCCAUGGCUGGCGUACAGGGGCCAUCGUGCCGGAGCUGGACCUGGAGACGCGGGUGGUGAACACGGAGCAGUACGCACACAGCCUCACCUGGCAACAAGCCCUCACCGGACUACUGGAACGCAUGCAGCUUCAUCGGGACCCUGAGUCUAGACAGGUGCUGUCGGAAUGGAUGCAGGAAAGAGAGGAACUACGCUAUAAGACCAAGAACCUCCUGAACCCCCAGUUCGGCAGCAUCUUCCGCACGUGCCACAACCCCACCUACUUCUCGCGGCGCCUGAGCCGCUUCUCCGACCUCUACAUGGCGUCUCUGAGCUGCCUGCUGAACUACGACCUCUCCCACACCUUCUACCCGCGCCGCACGCCCCUGCAGCACGAGGCGCCCCUCUGGAUGGACCAGCUCUGCACCGGCUGCAUGAAGACCCCCUACCUGGAGGAGAUGGCCCACAUCCGCUAGGACAUGGCCCACAUCCGCUAGGAGAUGGCCUACAUC